UAAUGAUUUGGAAUUGGGAAUAAUCGGUCAGAUUCCCCAUUCCAUAUACGGAAUCCUUGCAAACCGGAGAAAAUUCCAUAAACCCAGAGCUCUCUCUCUCUCUCUCUAAGCCACGUUCUCUCUAAACCUUCGUUCUCCUCUUCUUCUUCUCUUCUGCUACUCCUACUUCUCCUCUCUCGUUUCAUUCCGAAUUCGUGUGUUCUUUCGCCCCGAUUUCACCUCUCUCUCUCUUCCGGCGCUCCGCCGCAAUGAACGACGGAAUCGGCCGCCCCGCCGCCGCCGCCGCCGCCGCCAAUUGAUUCCCUCCGCGCCAUUCCGCUCAGCAUUCGCGUAAAGCAGGAAAGAAGACUACUCUCCUGAACCGAUGGCUCAAGGCGUGGAAGGCGACGCAGCUCGACCUCCUCGCCUCAACGGCUUGCCUUCCAAUCCUAACCUCGCCAACAAUGCCAAACCAAACUCCUUCAACCGGAGGCAGAAGAUUGCGCAGCAGAGGAAGUCUCUGCCGAUCGCGUCGGUGGAGAAGCGGCUCGUCCAGGAGGUGCGGAACAACGACACUCUGAUCGUCGUUGGCGAGACGGGUAGCGGAAAAACUACACAGAUACCACAGUUUCUAUUCAAUGCUGGGUUCUGUUCUGAUGGGAAAGUUAUUGGGGUUACUCAACCACGGCGUGUGGCGGCUGUUACUGUCGCCAAAAGAGUGGCGGAGGAAUCUGGGGUUGAGUUGGGCCAAAGGGUUGGGUAUUCCAUCAGAUUCGAUGACAUGACAUCCGGUUCAACAAGAAUCAAGUACAUGACGGAUGGUUUGCUUCUAAGGGAAGCACUGUUGGAUCCAUAUCUUUCUAGGUACUCCGUGCUUAUUGUGGAUGAAGCCCAUGAAAGAACAGUCCACACUGAUGUUCUGUUGGGCUUGUUGAAAGAUGUUCAAAAUAAAAGGUCUGCAUCUGCCAAUGAUUGUCCAAAUACCGAAAAAAGCAGUGUUUGGUCCAGUACUUUGAAACAAGGCCAAAGCAGACGGUUUUCUACAUUGAAGUUGAUUAUUAUGUCUGCUAGCUUAGACGCACGUGUCUUCUCCGAAUACUUUGGUGGUGCAAGAGCCGUCCAUGUCCAGGGGCGGCAAUUUCCUGUGGAUAUACUAUAUACUCUUCAUCCUCAACCAGAUUAUUUAGAUGCAACCCUGAUUACCAUAUUCCAGAUCCAUUUGGAGGAGGGUCCAGGAGAUGUCCUUGUAUUCUUGACUGGUCAAGAGGAAAUUGAAUCCGUUGAAAGACUUAUUCAGGAGCGACUACGGCAGUUGCCUGAAGGCAACCGUAAUAUGUUGACUGUUUCUAUAUUUUCAUCUCUUCCCUCUGAGAAACAAAUGCGUGUCUUUGCACCCUCUCCUCCUGGAUUUCGUAAGGUUAUAUUGGCCACAAAUAUAGCUGAGACAUCAGUGACAAUACCUGGGAUAAAGUAUGUUGUAGACCCUGGAUUUGUGAAAGCACGGUCAUAUGAUCCAGCUAAAGGCAUGGAAUCAUUAAUUGUCAUACCAACUUCCAAGGCUCAGGCUCUUCAAAGAAGUGGACGAGCAGGGCGUGAAGGACCUGGGAAGUGUUUCCGCCUGUACCCAGAAACCGAAUUUGAGAAACUUGAGGAUUCGACAAAGCCUGAGAUUAAGAGAUGCAAUCUUUCAAAUGUUGUUUUGCAGCUCAUGGCUUUGGGUGUAAAAGAUGUUAUUGGGUUUGACUUUAUCGAAAAACCACCAAGGGCAGCUAUUGUGAAAUCGUUGGAGCAGUUAUUUUUGCUGGGUGCUCUAACAGAGGACUGUAAACUAUCAGAUCCAUUAGGGCACCAGAUGGCUCGGCUUCCCCUAGAUCCCAUGUAUUCAAAGGCACUCAUACAGGCUAGUCAGUUCAACUGCGUGGAAGAAGUGCUGAUUACAGUUGCGAUGCUUUCAGUAGAAUCCAUAUUUUAUGCCCCUCGUGAGAAGUUAGAAGAGGCAAGAACUGCAAUGAAAUGCUUUUCAAGUGCAGAUGGUGACCACAUCACCUUGAUUAAUGUAUUUCGAGCAGCUGAUGAGUUCUUGGAGAAGAGGAAGAGUGGUCAAAGUAAAGAAAAAGACGAUAAACUUCUCAAAAAAUGGUGCAAAGAAAAUUUUAUCAAUAGCAGGUCCCUUAGACAUGCGCGCGACAUUCACAGACAGAUUCAGGGACAUGUAGAGCAAAUGGGGCUUCACAUUGCGUCGUGUGGAGAUGACAUGGUUCAGUUUCGGAGAUGCCUCGCCACCUCCUUUUUCCUCAACGCAGCUUUGAAGCAGCCAGAAGGUUUAUACAGGGCUUUGGCAAGUGGUCAGGUGGUGCAGAUCCAUCCUUCUUCUGUACUAUUUCGGACAAAACCGGAGUGUAUCAUCUUCAAUGAAUUAGUUCAAACUAAUCACAAGUACAUUCGCAACAUAACCAGAAUUGAUUACUUGUGGUUAACUGAGCUGGCUCCUCAAUAUUAUAGCAUGCAGAGAUAGGAUCCCCAGGAUCAAUUUUGACAGGUAUUUGACAUCGUAUUAACAGCAGAAGAUAAGCAUCAACAGCUUAACUAUUCGAUGGACUGAUAUCCUUUGACCCAAAAAAAUUGGGCUGAUAUCUAGGCUGUGUGGUGGGAACUGUGAUGGGAAUUGGAAGGGAUUCAGGCUGUUUUCAAUGAUUUAUGUCUUAUCCACUAAAUUAUCUGAUAAUAUGUACCUGAAAGGUGCAGCUUGCGUUAGAUGUAUGUGCAGUCUAUAUAAUUGGGACUGGCCAAGGAAGGGCACAACAUUUUUUGAAAAUCCAUGCCUGAUUCUUUGGUUUCUUGGCCAAGAUGCCUUCUAUUUCAUGGUCAAAAUUUUGCUAAGAUGGUGACUUGAUUAUCAGCAGUCAGGAGACUGAAUGGAACCAAAGAGCCCGGUUUUGGUGUUGCCUUCGCAUAAUUGUUGGUGAAGCCAUUCUAUAUCAAGGGGGCAUAUUGCCAGAUGAUGUCUUCAGUAGCUCUAGGUCCUUGGUGGAAAUGAUCACAUGUUUUGACAUGUAUGGUAACUUGCGGCUUUGAGGCAGGAACUGGAGCAUUAUGUUUUCAUACGCCAGUUUUUCCAAGGGGACAAUCACCUCGUGGCACACUUCAACAUACUGUAUCGACAGCUUUAGAUGGGGACUUUGGCAGUAGCUGAAAAUCAAGCUGCACAUGAUUCUGAACUCCAGGGCUAGUCAAUUGUAUCAGUGCAUAUUUUUGACUUAGUCCAGUUAUUUAUAGCAAACAAUUGUUUGCGGGAUUCACCUCCAGCUUUCAUAAUUUACAAUAUGCAAAACCCAGUUUGUUAUCUUCUUCUUUUGCACUUCCAUUUGAUGCAGCCAUUUGCAGAGCGCCCCCUUUGAAUUGAAAGGCUUGGAGAGUUCUUUGCUCGGAUUGUGGAAUGUUUGGGUAAGGUUGAUGGUGUGGUAAGGUGCUGAUUCGAAUGCCUUUACUUCUAAGUUGUACGGUAUGGAAAAGACUAUGGAGAACAGGGCAUGUCCCCUGUCCAGCCAAAACAACAUUGCUUAGCAUUUAAAGCCCCCACCAGAAACUCACAGAGGACGACAGAUGGUUGAAAAGGACCAGCCUUGUCCUGCAUAUUGGCAUGCGCCAUUAGUCCUGACAACAUUCUUUUUUUGUAUGGAUAUAUGCUGUCUUAAUAUUGUGAUGCAAGAAGUUGGUUGGGCGUCGUCAGAAUCCCGUUCAGAUCCACAUUUAUGCGGAGCUAACUUCUCCAAUGGUUAUGAGGAUCAUGAAAGCAUUUUGCCUAUUGGGGUAUCACGAAAGAGAAAAACAUGUUUGUUUUUUAACGCUCGCUUCGAGCUCACAAAUUCAUAAUUCUCGUCUUGUGAAAGCUUUGAUGUUCCGUUGACAAAAGGAAGAUGUUUCACUUCACUA